CGCUUGGAUUUGAUUUAUGUUUUACGUUUUCUUGUGUCUCGUUAUCUCUGUCUGUUCUGAGUUGUGAGUGUUCUGUGCAGGAUUUUAGCUUUGAGUUGAUUUUGAACUUACUUUUUCAAAAAUAUUUAAGGCUUGUUGACUAAUCAUUAAAAUUCUGUGAAUCCAGCUCUUGAACAUGCAGCCAUUAGCUCAUUUAGUUAAAGUUAGCCUUCCUGAGUAUCUAGCAAGCUUACCAAUACCUGAUACAGUUGGAGGAUGGUUUAGGUUAGGAAUCAAAGACUGGGCAGCCCUGAUCCCUCCUACUGCUUUGUUGGCGGGAGUGACAUACAUAUCGUAUAGGGCGUUUUGCCCGGAAGCGCACAAGGGGUGCGCUGGAGCUUCCAAGGUCAACGUUAGUGUGCUAAAAAGUCAAGCUAAAGUUGUUGACACGAUCGAUGUAGAGGACAUCUCAGAAAAGGCUGUGUUGUGUAGGUGCUGGCGCAGUAAGAACUGGCCAUACUGUGAUGGGUCCCACAAUGACCACAAUAAGCAGACAGGAGACAAUGUUGGCCCUCUGAUAGUGAAAAAGGAGAAGUAGUUACCUGUAUGACAUCCAGUUGCCAUAUGCAUUAUAAUAGUACAGUGAAUUGGUCAUUUUAUUAAUACUGUAGGUCUAAAAAAGGGUCUGUUUUCCAUGUUGUAUACUGCUGGAUAACUUUUGUUGUUGGACUUUAUACAUUUCUGUUUGUUUCGCUACUUAUUUUUAUGGAUAUUAAAUGUUUAUUGUACAUAGUA